UUAUACUGUAUAGUUCUCGUAGAAUGUCAGCGCAGAGCCAUGGGACGUGACGCCUGGCCACAACGAACUUCAAGGCCCAAAGCACGGCGCAAGGUCCUGAUCAUUGGCAUUGCAGGAUGCAGUGGCUGUGGAAAGAGCACACUAGCCAAGAAUCUGAGCAAAGACUUGGAGUCACCUUUGACACCUGUGAGUCUCGACUGGUACUUGCGGCCGAAAUGGAUGCCCAAGGUCGAGAAUUAUGGCCGAAAUUGGGAGACACCUGAGGGUGUUGAUUGGAAAGCUUUGAGAAGUCAUCUGCAAACAGCCCUGGAGACUCUCUCACAAGCAGAGACGGUACCAGAGGAACUCAUUAUGGGUGCGAAAGAUGAAAACGUGAUCCAAAAGGGACAGGCUGGCAAGGAGCUUGAUGGGACCACCUUGGUCAUCGUGGUUGAGGGCUUCUUGCUCUUCUAUGAUGAUAUCAUUGCUGAGAUGCUGCACAUCAAAAUUUGGAUAGAUGCUAGCUUGGAGACCUGCAUGGAGAGACGCCACAAGCGAGGAAAAGCUUCACGCAAGAAAGAUGUGGAAGUGUCCAAGCCAUGGUUUCGAGAUUUGAUCUGGAGCCACUAUGAGCAAUACAAGACCAAACAACUAAACAAUGCCGUGGGCGCUCUGCGUGUCGAUGGCGAGCUAUCCAAAGAGGAGCUUCUCUCUCAAUGUUUGCCUUACUGCACAAAGAUGAUAGCUGCCCGGGUUCAGGUGCUCCUACGGCCACAAAGGUCGCACAAAGGAUCGGCCUCCAAUUCAGAGCGACAAGCGAGUGGGCGAGCGCCCAAACGAGUGCGAGAUGACACUCGUGAUUCGAGAGAACCUCCAAGACGGCGACAGAACCUUCGGUCACGGGACUCACGGGACUCCUGGGAGCGUUGGGAGCGUUGGGAGCGCUGGGAGCGAUGGGAGCGAUGG